AUGGCAGCGACUCUGAGCAGUGGGGAGCGCUGGACCGAAGCUUAUAUUGAUGCAAUGAGAAGAAACAAAUACUCAGAAGACAGACCUCCUGAGAGUCAUGACACCUGUGAUUGCUGUAAUUGCAUGAAGGCACAGAAAGAAAAGAAGUCUGAGAAUGAGUGGAAUCAGACUUGGCAGAGUGAGGGGAGUGGCGCUUAUACCAAGGAGCAGCUGUUUGGGGUACAAAGGAUUAAGAAAUGCAGAAAUUACUAUGAAAUUCUGGGAGUUUCCCGAAAUGCCAGUGAUGAAGAGCUUAAGAAAGCUUAUCGGAAGCUUGCACUGAAAUUUCAUCCUGACAAAAACUGUGCUCCUGGAGCAACAGAUGCUUUCAAAGCAAUAGGAAAUGCCUUUGCAGUCCUGAGCAAUCCUGACAAGAGACUCCGCUAUGAUGAAUAUGGAGAUGAACAGGUGACUUUCACUGCCCCUCAAGCCAGACCUUAUAAUUAUUACAGGGACUUUGAAGCUGACAUCACUCCAGAAGAACUAUUCAACGUCUUCUUUGGAGGACAUUUUCCUACAGGAAAUAUUCAUAUGUUUUCAAAUGUGACAGAUGAUACCCACUAUUACCGCCGGCGUCACAGACAUGAGAGGAUGCAGAUGCAGAAGGAAGAGGAAGAAGUUAAACCUCAGACUACAUAUUCUGCAUUUAUCCAGUUACUUCCAGUCCUUGUGAUUGUGAUUAUAUCUGUCAUUACUCAGCUACUGGCUGCUAAUCCCCCAUAUAGUCUGUUUUACAAAUCGACCAUGGGCUACACCAUUUCUAGAGAAACCCAGAACCUGCAGGUGCCUUACUUUGUGGAUAAAAACUUCGACAAGGCCUACAGAGGAGCAUCUCUGCUUGACCUGGAGAAGACGAUAGAGAAGGAUUACAUCGAUUACAUCCAGACGAGUUGUUGGAAGGAGAAACAACAAAAGUCGGAGUUGACGAAUUUGGCAGGAUUAUACAGAGAUGAACGAUUGAAACAGAAAGCAGAAUCACUGAAACUUGAGAACUGUGAAAAACUUUCCAAACUUAUUGGCCUACGCAGAGGUGGCUGA